AUGGUUUUAGAACAAGAUGUUUUCGGUUAUAUACCUAAUAACGUACUUGCAACUAUAGCAAUUAUCUUCUUUAUUAUUGCUUUUUUGUUGCAAGUAGGAAUGUUGACAAAGUCGCGGAAAUCCAUUGUUUGGGUGCCUUUAGUUGGAACUUUCGGAGAAAUUGUAGGUUGGAUAUGCAGAGCGCGCGCUCACUCUCAUAUCCAAGGAUAUUCUGCAUAUAUUGGACAAUCAAUUUCUUUGUUGAUUGCACCGAUUUUUUAUUCAGCCGAGUUAUAUGUUUUACUUUAUCGGUGGGCAAAGGUUUAUGGUCCUCAAUUUUCUCUGUUUCCACCAAAGCAGUAUGUUGUUUUCUUUGUAACUGCAGACCUUAUAGCAUUUGCAGUACAGUGCACUGGUGGAGGAUUAACCAGUGUCAAUUCAUCUCGAAACCUUGGGUUUUACAUUUCGCUUGGGGGUGUCAUUUUUCAGCUUUUCUCUACCAUCGUGUUCGUUGUUCUGCAAGCAGCCUUUAUAUAUGGUGUACUUAAAAAUAGACCCAUACGCAAAACAAGCGGAUAUUUUCUAGGUUCUCCGAGAACAAAGACAAACGACUUCACAUUUUUGUGUCUAAUAAUAUCAACAGUCGCUAUUUUAGUUCGUCUUGUUUAUCGUACCAUUGAGUUUGCAGGGGGGCGACACAGCAAAGUUGCAACUACUGAACUAUGGUUUGCACUAUUUGACUUUAUUCCAAUAAUUAUUUCCGCAUUUUUGUUAACGCCUGCACUUUACCCUUGCUUAUACGAGCAAGAAUAUACUAAUUACCCUGUUGACCUUCUUUCUGAAAACAUGCAUUCAGGGCCUUCUAUUGAGAUGGACAAGAUUUCUUUACAGAAAGCUUUAUAA